AUGAAGUCGACAUUCCCCUUUUCCUUGGAGAACAUUCCGAGACGAACGAGUUUUGCUUGUUUGUCACUUAAAUUUGGGAGUGUAUUAUCCGCUUUGAUUUUAAUACUAUAUUCCGUCUUCGGCCUGGCAUCAUGUUUGGCAGCUCUGAACGUUCUUCCUUCACAGUGGUCCUUGCAAGACACCGAUGUUAUUUUCUCUUAUGCUGUGAUAGUGAUCGUAGCUAUCAUACAUGCGAUUACAUUGUUUCUGAGCACUCUCAUGAUGAUAGGAGUCCUGAAGGAGAAAGCCAAUCUCAUCAAGCCCUGGGUGAUCCUGACUUCACUCCAGGUGAUAGUGGAUGUUCUAAUCUUCGUCUUCUGGACCACACUCAGUAUGAUACAUCACUAUGGUGACGGAGAUCUGCUGAUGUUUGUUCUGGAAUUUAUGGGACUUAUGAUAAGAUUCUACAUGCUGAUGAUCGUGUCCAGUUUUUAUAAGAAAUUAGAAGAAGCUACCUUAGAGGAACGUGAGAAAUUAAGAAAUAUUACCAACAACGAAAGCUGGUACUACACAGCUUAA